CUCCGCCCGGAUGGCCAGGGCUGUACCGGAGAAUGGCGGAGCGAGAGAGCGGCGGCCUGGGCGGGGGGGCCGCGUCCCCGCCUGCCGCCUCCCCGUUCCUGGGGCUGCACAUCGCGUCGCCGCCCAAUUUCAGGCUCACCCAUGACAUCAGCUUGGAGGAGUUUGAGGAUGAAGACCUUUCAGAGAUCACCGAGGAGUGUGGCAUCAGCCGGCAGUGCAAAGACACCCUGUCCUUGCGGGUAAGAGUGGGCUUUCAGGAGCCCCGGGGUGGGGCGGCAGGAUGGGUAGGGACAGGAGUGAGGGCAUCCCCACAUCUACAAAAGGAUUUUCAGGGUCUGUAUGGUGCUGAGCCCCACCAGGAGCCGGCGCCCCGCGGCCCGGGCCAGGGCCAGGGCCAGGGCCAGGGCAGUGGGGACACAUAUCGGCCAAAGCGGCCCACCACGCUCAACCUCUUCCCGCAGGUGCCGCGGUCUCAGGACACGCUGAAUAAUAAUUCUCUGGGCAAGAAGCACAGUUGGCAGGAUCGGGUGUCUCGAUCAUCCUCACCCCUGAAGACAGGGGAGCAGACGCCUCCACAUGAACACAUCUGCCUGAGCGAUGAGCUGCCCCCUCCGAGCAGCCCCGCCACCACCAAGGAUCGAGGCACCUCCACCGACAGCCCUUGCCGCCGCAGCGCCGCCACGCAGAUGGCCCCUCCCAGUGGGCCCCCUGCUACCGCCCCGAGCAGCCGCGGCCACUCGCAUCGAGACCGCAUCCACUACCAGGCCGACGUGCGGCUAGAGGCCACAGAGGAGAUCUACCUGACGCCAGUGCAGAGGCCACCAGAUCCUGCAGAGCCCACCUCCGCCUUCCUGCCACCGGCUGAGAGCCGGAUGUCGGUCAGCUCCGAUCCAGACCCCGCUGCCUACCCCUCCACUGCAGGGCGGCCGCACCCCUCCAUCAGCGAGGAGGAUGAGGGCUUCGACUGCUUGUCAUCUCCAGAGCGGGCCGAGCCGCUGGGCGGAGGGUGGCGGGGGAGCCUGGGGGAGCCACCACCGCCUCCGCGGGCCUCGCUGAGCUCGGACACCAGCGCCCUGUCCUACGACUCGGUCAAGUAUACGCUGGUGGUGGACGAGCACGCGCAGCUGGAGCUGGUGAGCCUGCGGCCGUGCUUUGGAGACUACAGCGACGAGAGCGACUCGGCCACCGUCUAUGACAACUGCGCCUCUGCCUCCUCGCCCUACGAGUCGGCCAUUGGGGAGGAAUAUGAGGAGGCCCCCCGACCGCGGCCCCCUGCCUGCCUCUCCGAGGACUCCACGCCCGACGAGCCCGAUGUCCACUUCUCCAAGAAGUUCCUGAACGUCUUCAUGAGCGGCCGCUCGCGCUCCUCCAGUGCGGAGUCCUUCGGGCUCUUCUCCUGUGUCAUCAACGGGGAGGAGCAGGAGCAGACACACCGGGCCAUAUUCAGGUUUGUGCCUCGACAUGAAGACGAACUUGAGCUGGAGGUGGAUGACCCUCUGCUGGUGGAGCUGCAGGCCGAGGACUACUGGUAUGAGGCCUACAAUAUGCGCACAGGCGCCCGGGGCGUCUUUCCCGCCUACUAUGCCAUCGAGGUCACCAAGGAGCCUGAACAAAUGGCAGCCCUGACCAAAAACAGCGACUGGGUGGACCAGUUCCGGGUGAAGUUCCUGGGCUCAGUCCAGGUCCCCUAUCACAAGGGCAACGACGUGCUCUGUGCUGCUAUGCAAAAGAUCGCCACCACCCGUCGGCUCACCGUGCACUUUAACCCGCCAUCCAGCUGCGUCCUGGAGAUCAGCGUGCGGGGUGUGAAGAUAGGCGUCAAGGCUGAUGAUUCCCAGGAGGCCAAGGGGAAUAAAUGUAGCCACUUUUUCCAGUUAAAAAACAUCUCUUUCUGUGGAUACCAUCCAAAGAACAACAAGUACUUUGGGUUCAUCACCAAGCACCCCGCUGACCACCGGUUUGCCUGCCACGUCUUUGUAUCUGAGGAAUCCACGAAAGCCCUGGCAGAAUCUGUGGGGAGAGCAUUCCAGCAGUUCUACAAGCAGUUCGUGGAGUACACCUGCCCCACGGAAGACAUCUACCUGGAGUAGCGGCGCUGCCCCGCCCUCUACAUCCCCGGGGCCCCGGGCCAGCACCGGGCCAGCCAGCUGCUGACAGGACUCGGCACUGCUCGAGGAGGGGCACCCAUCACCACCAGAGGGUGGGGAAGCGGGGGCCUUUGGCCGAGGGUGGGGGAGGGCGGGGUUUAUGGGGAGAGACAAAUGCAGUUUAUUGUAAUAUAGGAGAUUAGAUUCAUCUAUGGAGGACGGAGCAGGAUGCCCAGGGAUUGGGGAGGGGCGAGGCUGGAGGGGUGUCCAGCCUCUAGCGAGGAAGGAUGCCCAUGGUAAGAGCAGAGGGUUCUGUCCCGUGCUGGGCCUCCCUCCCCUUGCCGGGGCCUCUGGCUCUCUGGCCGUGGCUCCCGCCUUGAUGGAGUCCAUGCCACCUGCUGGUGCCCACCCUACCCUAUCCCAUCCCCAGCUCCCAACCCCAGCCGAAGGCCCUGAGCUCAGGCUGAGCCCAGCCACCUCCUGAGGACUUCGCAGUAAGGAAACGGUAGCAGGUGGGGGUGCAGUCCCUGUUCCCAGCUCUCUCACUUGUGUGGCCUCUGGGUGGCCAUCAUGCUGGUCCCCGGCACAUGUGGGACCUCACCAGGGAAGGAGAGCGCUACAGUGGGGCCCCGUCCCAGCAGGACGAGGAGGCUUCUGGACUGGCCUGGGCCGGCCAGGGCCUCUUGGCUGCCCCGGCUGUGGCCCCAUCUUGGUCCUGUCACCCUGGCCACAACUAUUAAAGUGCCAUUUCCUGUCUGGACCGCA